AUGCCGUCCAACACUACUGCACACACACUCCUCAACCUGUUUCUAGCCAAGCCUGAGGUGUGGCAGUGGCCAACAUGGAGCGAGCUGACUGGGUCUACCGGCCUUCCGUGGAAUAGGCAUGACGGCGAUUCGACGGCGAACACGAAGGCAGACGGUUCGAAGUGGACAGCAGAGGACGUCAUGAGCUGUCAGGCAUUCAUCGAGCAACUCAAGACUCUUCCCGCCAAUGACAAGGGGAAGUUUCUGAACAAGCGCUGCAAGGACCAGUACACGGCGGGCCGCGAUGUCGUCGUGCCAUUCCUUUGGAAGAUGUGGAAAGAUUGGAAGAUCACGCAAAAGGUCGAAGGCGUCCUCGCCUUGCACGAAAGGAGUGUGGCUGACAUCUUGCAGUCCUUUGAGACUCGCUCGCUGCCAACGAUUGAAAGGGCGCAGAUCGCCUGUCACGCCUCGAUCACAGAGGCUCUCUUCGGCGCGGACGCGUACAGGAACCGAGUGGUGCUGCAUGAUGAAUGUUACGACUUCGUCCAGGACGCACUCGUCCACGUCUGGCAGUGCCGUCGCCAAGGCCUGACCCGUGACGCGCUGCUGCUAGAGGCGAGGAAAAAAGUGUUCGACAACCUUUUCAAAAAAUGCGAGGAGACCCUCCCCACGAAGGCGACGCUGAAGAAGAUGCUGAACACGUUGCAGAACAUCAUGAAGACCUUGGAGAAGUAUGGCGACAAGGAUGCGAUGGAGGAGCUGGCCCAGAAGAGGGAGACCAUCAAGAACCUGCUAAACGUGGUCGACCCGUCGCUGGGCAUCGGCCAGAAGAUGAAACUCCCCAAAUUGCUCCGCCAGGCGCUGUCUGACCUUGCCGGUGACGCAGAGCUCGAGAUGCUCUCCCAGUCACUGCAGGCCAUGUUGGAGCCUGGGGACGGCACCCCGGUCGAGGUGCUUGACUUCGAGUCUCUCGACAUGAAUUGGGACACAGGUGUCGAGGAGUUCCAGGAGAUGAACGCAACGCAGCUUCAUGAGCUGCUGGGUCUGCCCAAGGAGGGGCUGCCAUUCUUCAAUCGCAAGGAAGACCCCAUGAACGCCCACGAUCCAUGGUCAGAGGAAGGCCAGGAGUGGCUCAAGACAUCGAAGGAUGCCGUCGCGUUCGGUCCUCGCUGGCACCAGCUUGUGGGGAUCGUCGGCGUCGGCAAGACGAUGCAGGCUGUGGGGCUUAUCGCUCUGAGGGCAUAUUACGUCCACCACUACCAAAAACACGGUCACUUGCCGGGCCAAUGGGAUCUGUCCUCGAUCAGUGAAGGUGAGAACAUGGGCGGAUUGAAGGAUGAGCCUGUUGUGGUCGUCAUGACGGUGAGCCUUCUGUCGCAACUCCUGGCAGAGUUGCGACGCUAUCUGCAACGUGGCUGUUUCGACAUGCUACCAUAUACCGGCUCACACAAGACGCGCGCUCAAUGGUGGGAAUUGUACUACGUCAAGUCAAAGACCCAGAAGUGUCAGCAAAUUAUUGUCACCACCUAUUCGGCAAUUGCGUCCGACUGGCAGGUGCUUUUCAAGCCGAAGACUCCGGACAAGCAUCUGGAGUCACAGAAGAAGCACGGGUUUGAACAGCUAGUGGAUCAGACCGUCUUCGGGAGGCAUUUUGGCCUCGUGAUUUACGACGAAGCGAUGUGCGCGCACACGCUGUCAAAGCCGUAUUUCACGUGCAUGGAGCUGCGGAAGUGUAGCGACAGUGUGGUGGUGAUGAUGGCGAUGCCACUGCUCAGUCGUCCGGAGGAUCUGUGGAACCUCGGAAGAUGGGCGAGGUUGUCGACGUUCAGCCCCGACUUCGAGACGGUCGUCAAGGAGUUCAAGGACGACCUGAAUGCUGCGCAGAGGGCAGACCACGCCCAGAAGAAAAAAGACAACAAGGGCAACGUCGCGAUCAUCACGGAGGAUGCACGAAAGCGGUUCGAGGGCGCUGUGAUGCGCCGCACUGUCGACUCGCGAGACUACGAGGGCAAACUGAUCUCUGGGUUGGAGCCCUACGAACAACACAUGGUGCUCUUGAAGCUCAGCCACAAGGAGCAGAACACGAUUGACGAGCUCGCCGCUGAGAUGAGCCAGGACGCUGGCAGAGCCUUGUCUCUCAUGCACGGAUGGCACGUUCGCUCGAUGCCGAAUGCUGCCCCCGCACCUGAGCUGUACGUCGUCGACAACUUCUACCUCGCGAUUCGUCUCGCGCUGACGCACCGCUCCCUCUCCAACUCCAGCGGUCUCUCCAUGGAGGUCCCCACGACCCUGGAUGCAUGGCAGGCGAUCGAGUCGACGAAGAUCAAGGCGCUCAUCGCCAUUCUGCAACAUCAUCUCGCUGAAGAUCGCGCGGUACCCCUCACCACUCGGGAGGUAGUCCCCACUGCUGGGGAGGAACCCCCCACCGCUGCGGAGCAAAACCGGCUGGUCCCAAUGGAGGACCCCCCAUUCGAAGAGUACGACGGCGAUCAGCCGGACAAGAUCAUCGUCUUCGUCACCUUCCCUAGCAACUUGACCUUGCUCAGUCCGGUCCUCAACAUGUACGGGAUCAAGCAUGAAACCCACACGUCCAGGACGUCGAUAGCGGCUCGCACGAAGGCCAUCGAGGACUUCAAGAAGGCAGGGCGAGAUGGCCCGCGCGUGCUCAUUGUGUCCGCGGUCGGGAUUGUGGGGCUUAACUUGGCGUGCGCGAAUUAUGUCAUCAUGAUGGAUACCCUGUGGUCCACGCAGGAGGACGACCAGCUGAUUGGUCAUGUCUGGCGGCAGCCGCAGCCGAAGCUCGUCCACAUCUAUCGGUUGAUCGCCCGAAAUACGCCGGACGUGUUUCUGAACAACAUCUCCUUCGACAAGGGCACAAUGUUGCGGGCGUUCUAUGGCGCAUCGGUCCAAUUGAAGAACGUGUUUGACAUUGACCUCGAUGCAGCUGAUGGAACCGACGACGAGCACGACAGCGAAGAGGACGAAGAGCUGAAAGCCCCCAGGUCAGAAGAGGAAGGCCACGAAGACGGCCACAGCUCAGACGGCGGGUGCGGGCCCAUCCAAGCGCCAGCGCAAGAAGAAGUCGAAGGCAGUUGUCUCCGAAGAUGA